AUGGAAAAGCGGUACCGCCUGCUCACCGAAGGCCAAGGCGGCACCUUCGACUUCCCCCAUCCCAUCUGGACCACAGCGCCCACGCCCCUAGGCACGAAAUUCUGCCUCACCUGCGUAGGCGUCUACUUCCAGAUCGACGCCAAACGCGCGUUCCUCGCGCACAUGCUCCCCCCCAGCCCGCGCAGCCAUAGCACUCCACCCCCCUCUCACGCCACGACCGCGCUGCUCGCGCACGAAGCCGCCGCCCACGCCUGGGGCCCGCCCUCCGACCUCAUGCGGACGACGCUCGUGCUCGUGUGUCCCUUCCCGACGCUCUGGGCCUACGUGCGCGCGAGGCAGCGGGCUGGCUGUGCCGAGCAGGGCAUGAGCGACGCGGUGUUGGCGGCGGUGUUGGCGAGGUGUGCGGAGGAGGGGGAGGGGGAAGGGAGGGAGGUCAUGGAGGGGGUUGUUGGGUGGAUGUUCGGCGACGGCGAGGUUGAUGGGGAGGGAGGGGGGCAGGGGGAGAGAGAUGGGGAUGAGGCGGGGGAAGGGAAAGAGGAAGGGGGGGCCCGAGGCGGAGAGAGGUGGAGGAGGUUUUGGAUCGAGGGGGCGCAUGGGUUCGUGGUAAGGGAUGUUGGCGCGCUGCCGGAGUUUUGGCAUGUUAAGGAGGAGAGUCUGAAGAGGGGGCUUAGCGCGGAGAAUACGGCGGAGGAGGAUGGGUGGGUUGGUGAGGAGGUUGCGGCGUGCGACGGAGGUGAUUGGAGAGUGUUUGCUUGA